AAAAAGGCCAAGCUCCCCCCUCUGUCCCUUCACCCCAAGCUUCAUUUAAACCCCCAUCAGGCCCUUGCCACCACAGUCUCCCAAGGGGAAUCUCUCUUCAAGUUUUCAACUUUUAUUUUACACAAGCUCCCUGUGCUUGGAACACUACUUGAAAAAGAAAACUUUCAAGCUCUCUGUCACUCAAUUUGAAAGCUGAACUAGUUUUUUCCUUUUUCUUCUCUGGAUUUAAAGUUUGAAGCUUGGCCAGUGUCUCUUCUACUGAGUUAUGGAUAUAAGCUUUUCUUGCUUUCCAGUUUUCCACAUUACAGUGAUUCCCAUCACAAUUUUUUGCAUGACAAGUCAUAGAUCAAACUGAAACACACGAUUAAUGUUUCUUUUCUCAAAGAUAUAAUCUUUUAGGCCUCUGGGAAUCCCACAAAACCACACACAAAAAGAUAAUAAAAACCAAAGGCGACUAUGGAGGGUGGAAAAAUCUGUGGUAGCUCAAACAUGAAUGCUUUGAUUCAUAGUGAACAGCUUUCUUGUUCCUCUGAGGUUAUGGAAUCUUUGUGGAUACCCUCAUCUACCUCUGCUCUCCGGGGUCAGAAGCCUAUCAUUAAUUAUGAGAAUGUUAAUGGAGUCGAGACCACAGAUAUGCUAUUCUUCCAACCGCUUGACAAAGAAGAGAGUGGAGAUGAUGAUUUUCAUGGAUCAUAUCGCCCACCAGCAAAGAAAAGGCGGCUUACAGCUACCCAAGUUCAGUUUCUUGAGAGGAGCUUUGAGGUUGAGAACAAACUUGAACCAGAGAGAAAAGUGCAACUUGCAAAAGAACUUGGCUUACAGCCCCGCCAAGUUGCAAUUUGGUUUCAAAAUCGGCGUGCUCGAUUUAAGAACAAACAGCUGGAAAAGGACUAUGAUUCCUUGAAAGCCAGCUAUGAUGAGCUCAAGACUGACUAUGACAAUCUCCUUAAGGAGAAGGAGGAUUUGGGAAAUGAGGUGCUUGCACUCAAAGAGAAACUGCUUAAUGGAGAGGAAGGGAUGGAAAAUUCGGGAUCUCUUGAUGCCAUAAAUUCAUCUAAUGCAGAAUCCAAAAAACCCAAUUGUGAUACAUCUCCUGAAAAUGUGUCUCGUGUGCCAUCGCCGGCCUGCAAACAGGAAGAAGCAUGUUCAGCUAAGAGUGAUGUUUUUGACUCAGAUAGCCCUCAUUACACAGAUGGGAAUCAUUCUUCAUUGAUAGAGCCUGCGGAUUCAUCCAAUGCUUUUGAGCCAGAUCAAUCGGAUUUUUCCCAAGACGAAGAAGAUAAUCUCAGCAAGAGCCUUCUGCACCCACCAUUCUUCCCAAAAUUUGAAGUUGACUGUUACUAUGACGCACCGGCCAGUUCAUGUAAUUUUGCAUUACCGGUGGAAGAUCAGUCAUUUUGGUCGUCACUCUAUUAAGUUAAUGAUUUAGCCCUUUUGCUCCGCACCUUACCUCUAGGAUAUCACUCCGCACUCCUCUUAUUACUGCACAAAGUUUAAGUUCCACUUGUAAGCAAAUUUAUAUGCUGUAAUAUCAGAUAUGCUUGUCCUUUAUUCACUC